AUGACGGGCGGACGGUUCGACUUUGACGAUGGUGGCACAUAUUGCGGUGGCUGGGAGGAUGGAAAAGCCCAUGGGCAUGGCGUCUGUACCGGGCCCAAGGGCCAAGGCGAAUACUCCGGGUCCUGGAACAAUGGUUUUGAGGUAGUGGGGGUGUACACCUGGCCCAGUGGAAACGUGUAUCAGGGCUACUGGGCACAGGGGAAACGACACGGACUCGGUGUGGAAUCGAAGGGAAGAUGGAUUUAUCGUGGCGAAUGGACUCAUGGAUUUAAAGGUCGAUACGGGGUCCGGCAAAGUCUCCACACGCCUGCCAGAUACGAUGGGACAUGGAGUAACGGUCUGCAAGAUGGAUAUGGAGUUGAAACGUAUGGUGAUGGAGGUAAGCGUGCCAGUAACAGUUUGUGGUUAGUAGGCUACAUGUAAUGCAGUCUCACUUGUUACAGUGUAGAAGGGGGCAUAUGUUUCCACAAGUGUUUCGUUGUAUAUUUAUAGAACAGUUGUAGUAUAAGAGUUGACUAUUUCCAUUAAUUACGAAAGAUUCUCGAUGAGUAAUUCACUUGUAUCACAGUGUGAUAGAGUAGAAAAGCCUGCCUGAACUAUGUGCCAGUGCCACACCACUGAACUCAAUUGAUAUAUGACUGUACUGGUCAGUCAGCACUGAGCACUUCCAUAGUAACCCAACGUAGCAGGCGUACUCCCAUAGAGGUCAUGGCUAAAAAUAGAAACAUCACUCAGCCACACUUGAAAAUCAAAGUGCUUUUUACCCAGCGCAGAUCUAUAGACAACUAUUGAUAUUUGUUCAUUUGUUGCACUAUGGAAAUUAGUGUACAGUAGUUUCUACAGAAAGUAGUUUUAGAGUUGUUGUUGUUGUUUUCAAAGAUUGUGUUUGAGGCACAGGUGGUCAUGAAGUUGUAAUGCCAGGCAACCUGGUCUCAGAGCAUUUCGUAUUAUUCUGUACGUAAAUCCGAGACACACCAUUUAGAACGAUAUGUUAAGUUUCGUGUGGUAUGUAUUAAUUUGUGCAUGUCCAUCACCCAUUUCGUAUGAUAUGUUACGAAUUACAAUUCGUAUUAUAUGUUUUGAUUUGCAAUACGUACAAUAUGUUACAAAUUUGCGAAAUGUAUUAAAUGUUACAAAUUUGCAAAAUGUAUUAAAUGUUACGAAUUUGCUAAAUGUAUAUGUUACGAAUUCAAGCUAGGUGGCUAAAGUUAACUAGCUGGUUAACUUUAGCUAGGCUAGGGGUUAGGGGUUAAGGUUAAGUUUAGGACUUAGGUUAAAGCGUUAGGGUUAGGGUAGGAUUAGCUAAAAGGGUUAAGGUUAGGGGAAGGGUUAGCUACAUGCUAAGUAGUUGCAAAGUAGCUCAAAAGUAGUAAGUAGUUGGAAGUUGCUAAUUAGCUAAAGUUGUCCGUGAUGAGAUUCGAACUUGCAACCUUUAGGUUGCUAGACGUUCGGAUUAUACGGCCACCGACCCGUCCGUCCAUCCACCCCAACCAAUCACCCAACUAAGUAACCAUCUGUCUUAUGUAACCAUACCAAACGUAACAUAUCCUGCUAAUUUGUUUCUGGUUUUAUGUGUACUAUGUUACGUCUAGUCUAUGAGACCAGACUAUGCCAGGGUACACAAACAUAGUCAUACACACAUAGUUGCAUAUAACUUGUAGGUUAUAUCUAUUCCAGAGAGAACAAUCUACUUUUUGCUGACUCAUAGCAUCGAUUGAUAGGGUUUUAUAUAUUGAUUACAGGUGAAAGCAAUAAUGGAUUGUAGGAAAGUCGAUAGACGUUAAUAGAUAAUUAAACACACCACAAUAUCUUACAUCAUGCAGUGUGAUAAUCAAUAGAUACAGUGGCAUAAUACACAAAUAACAACAUAAUAAUUAGAUUUGCAGAAGAUAAUGUUGACAUCGACUGCAGUCUGAAGGCUGGAAUUGCAGAAGAUGAAGUGAACAUUGUCUGAGGGCCAGUCUGAGGGCCAGAUCCAACAAAACCUGAGCAUACGGUAUUAGCCGGUUCCCCCUGGGCAAGCAUGGCUUCGAGUGCUUUAUUUUGUGCUUGGGGUCUUCUAGUACUCUCAUAUGUGUCACUCACUGGUUCAAUUUGUAAAGCAAAUAAAUCACAGUUUGUGAAUUGGACAAUCUGAAGCAGUAAAAGGUUUGCCUGACGACUCAAACUGAGUUAUUCAGCUGCUCUAUCGUUCGCUACAUGCUGUACUUCAUUGCGGAGAAAGCUAACAUUUGUGGGCGUAGCGUAGCGUUUGGCAGGAGCAAGGAGUUUGGGCAGCCAGGCAAGCAAAAGUUACCUGAGUCAUAAUAGGAUCAGUCAGUUUAGGAAUCAGUGGGACAGUGUCACUCAACAAAAUAUAAAUACUAGUCACUGACAUGAAGCCUUUCAAAAGAGCCCUAAUCUAUCCUCCUAAUGUGUUAAGAUUGAUUUUGUUCAGUAACCUAAUUAUGUUUAGACUGAUUUAUUUCACAUAGUAAGACAGAUGGAGUUAUGUUUGGCUUGACUGACAAACUUCCCAAUGUCUCAAGUUACUUACCUCUUUAAAAUAGCACAUUCUUUUUUUUUAGAAGCAAUAAUGAUGGACAGAGUGGCAUAUCGCCUUGAGUGCACACCAGAAUGCAGUAUGCAUUAAGAAAUGUAGACCCCAUGUAGCUGCUGAAAUGGUGGGAAGGCUUGAGAUGUGUGGUUUCUUAGCAUUUUGCGCUUCCCCCUUCAAACAAAUAUCUGAAUGCCAAAAACACAGUUGGAGUGUCAAGUGAAGUUGUGAUGAUGUCAGGUCAGUCAGUGUUACUGUGGGGUUCAACAUUACUGUUAGAGUGUGACAGGAUUGUUUUGUUUUAGAAUCAACUUCCACCUUUUCGCUGUUUGAAAUUAGUGACUUCUGCCAAACUGCAGUCCUUCCAAUGGAUCCUGUGUGUAGGAAGCACAAGGAAAGCCAAAUGAACCCCUAUGCCCUAUGCACUUGUGGAGAUCUGAGAGGAUUUGAAAGGUAUAAGCAAUAUGGUAAUAGCUCUAACUUGCCCUCUGAUAGGCUAGGUGGAAGUUUCACUAUAUUGCCUAUACCAAUCAAAUUGUAUCAGAUCUCCUCCACUAGGGCAUAGGGUCUAGUGGUUAAUUUGGAAUUGGGCCGCAGGAUGAGCGGCCAUAGCCUACACUUCCCAGUCCCUCCUGCAUGCCACGGCCUGUUGCAGGACAGGUUGUUACUGGGGUGGGAGCUCAUCUUUGACAGAUUUGGACCACUGCACUUGUUGUAACCUCACUAGGCCCUAUCUAAUCAUAGAUAAUGAUACUCCAUAGUAAUGUCUUCAUCCUUGCUUCAGGCAUGAGCGACAUAACCAGUCGGUUAGGGCCCCCGAGCCGUCCCCCUUGAUUUUGUUAGUCAUUCUCACUCAGAUAUCAUAUUAACAUGGCAUAACCCACUGAGCAAAAACUGGUUGAAUCAGUGUUGUUUCCAUGUCAUUUCAAUCAAAAAAUCUAUGUGAUGACGUUGAAUCAACGUGGAAAACUGAUUGUAAGUCAUGGCAAAUGUGUACAACUGCAGGAAAUUAGCUUUAGAACUGCAAAAACGUAAUUUCCAAACAAACCUUGCUUAGUGCCCCCAAAAGGCUAGGGCCGGCCCUGAUCCUUGCCAACUUUCCAAAACCUAAACAAACAUUGGCGCACAUGCCCUUAUGACAAGAGAAGGCCACUAGCUUUAAUUAUGUACCAGUGGUAGACUAUGCUUUUAUAGUAUGUCUACUGCCAUGAAGACUGCCUGGUUUGGCAUAACGCCAAGAGUAUAUCAAUAGCAAAUGAUGAAGUGAUAGUAAAUCAUGAUACAAACUAAUACUGAAAUAUGAAUCUCGUCAUGGACGUGGUAUCUUGUAUGUGGUUUGAAAUACAUACAGGUCUGUCUGACCGACAGCAGAAUCACAGUACCUGGGUGAAAUUAGGCAUUGUACAGUGGGGGAAAAAAGUAUUUAGUCAGCCACCAAUUGUGCAAGUUCUCCCACUUAAAAAGAUGAGAGAGGCCUGUAAUUUUCAUCAUAGGUACACGUCAACUAUGACAGACAAAUUGAGAUUUUUUUUCUUCAGAAAAUCACAUUGUAGGAUUUUUAAUGAAUUUAUUUGCAAAUUAUGGUGGAAAAUAAGUAUUUGGUCACCUACAAACAAGCAAGAUUUCUGGCUCUCACAGACCUGUAACUUCUUCUUUAAGAGGCUCCUCUGUCCUCCACUCGUUACCUGUAUUAAUGGCACCUGUUUGAACUUGUUAUCAGUAUAAAAUACACCUGUCCACAACCUCAAACAGUCACACUCCAAACUCCACUAUGGCCAAGACCAAAGAGCUGUCAAAGGACACCAGAAACAAAAUUGUAGACCUGCACCAGGCUGGGAAGACUGAAUCUGCAAUAGCAGCUUUGUUUGAAGAAAUCAACUGUGGGAGCAAUUAUUAGGAAAUGGAAGACAUACAAGACCACUGAUAAUCUCCCUCGAUCUAGGGCUCCACGCAAGAUCUCACCUCGUGGGGUCAAAACGAUCACAAGAACGGUGAGCAAAAAUCCCAGAACCACACGGGGGGACCUAGUGAAUGACCUGCAGAGAGCUGGGACCAAAGUAACAAAGCCUACCAUCAGUAACACACUACGCCGCCAGGGACUCAAAUCCUGCAGUGCCAGACAUGUCCCCCUGCUUAAGCCAGUACAUGUCCAGGCCUGUCUGAAGUUUGCUAGAGUGCAUUUGGAUGAUCCAGAAGAGGAUUGGGAGAAUGUCAUAUGGUCAGAUGAAACCAAAAUAGAACUUUUUGGUAAAAACUCAACUCGUCGUGUUUGGAGGACAAAGAAUGCUGAGUUGCAUCCAAAGAACACCAUACCUACUGUGAAGCAUGGGGGUGGAAACAUCAUGCUUUGGGGCUGUUUUUCUGCAAAGGGACCAGGACGACUGAUCCGUGUAAAGGAAAGAAUGAAUGGGGCCAUGUAUCGUGAGAUUUUGAGUGAAAACCUCCUUCCAUCAGCAAGGGCAUUGAAGAUGAAACGUGGCUGGGUCUUUCAGCAUGACAAUGAUCCCAAACACACCGCCCGGGCAACAAAGGAGUGGCUUCGUAAGAAGCAUUUCAAGGUCCUGGAGUGGCCUAGCCAGUCUCCAGAUCUCAACCCCAUAGAAAAUCUUUGGAGGGAGUUGAAAUUCCGUGUUGCCCAGCGACAGCCCCAAAACAUCACUGCUCUAGAGGAGAUCUGCAUGGAGGAAUGGGCCAAAAUACCAGCAACAGUGUGUGAAAACCUUGUGAAGACUUACAGAAAACGUUUGACCUGUGUCAUUGCCAACAAAGGGUAUAUAACAAAGUAUUGAGAAACUUUUGUUAUUGACCAAAUACUUAUUUUCCACCAUAAUUUGCAAAUAAAUUCAUUAAAAAUCCUACAAUGUGAUUUUCUGGAUUUUUUUCUCUCAAUUUGUCUGUCAUAGUUGACGUGUACCUAUGAUGAAAAUUACAGGCCUCUCUCAUCUUUUUAAGUGGGAGAACUUGCACAAUUGGUGGCUGACUAAAUACUUUUUUCCCCACUGUAUAUGAUUUCAAUCCAUUCAAUGAAAAGUUCCCAAUAUAAUAAGGACAUUGUAUACUUGUAGGGAUGUUUCCACUUCAAUUCCGUGAAUUGACAUUGGGCUAGUGUAAAGAGAUUCUAAUCAACUCUAAUAUUCUAAUUUUGUACCCCAAAUGAUUAUUUUGUGAUCAUGACAAAAAUGUGCGUUCAGGAUUUUCUUAACGUUUGUAUUCAUUUUUGCCAUUUCCUGUUGUCCUAACAGGUACGUACCAGGGGCAGUGGACAGGAGGAAUGCGACACGGAUACGGUGUGCGGCAAAGUGUACCUUACGGGAUGGCUACGGUUAUUCGUUCGCCUCUUCGAACCUCGCUGGCCUCGCUCCGCAGUGAACAGAGCAACGGCACCGUCCUCCAUACCAACCUCGACCUGUCAGACAGCCUUGCCGGCACCAGAGGAGGCUUUGUUCUCAACUUCCACAGCGAAGGCGAAGGUGAGAAGAAAAGGGGCCUGUUUCGUAGAGGGUCCCUGUUCGGCAGCCUCAGAAACCUCCGAAAGUCUGAAUCCAGGUCGUCCAUAUCGAGCAAACGCAGUUCGGCACGCAGCGAUGCCGCCAGCUCCAUCAGCCGAAUCAGCUCCAGCGAUGCCAAUUCCACCAUCAGCUUUGGGGAUGGAGUUGAUGAGUACAUGCCCCUGGAGGACAAUGUAGACGCCACCACCACAGAGUCCUAUAUGGGGGAGUGGAAGAACGACAAGCGGAACGGCUUUGGUGUCAGCGAGCGCACCAACGGGAUGAAGUAUGAGGGAGAGUGGAUGAACAACAAACGCCACGGCUACGGAUGCACAAUGUUCCCAGACGGCACCAAAGAAGAGGGAAAAUAUAAAAACAAUGUGUUGGCGCGAGGCAUCAAGAAGCAGCUCAUUCCACUCAAAACCACCAAAACAAAACAGAAAGUGGAUCGGGCUGUGGAAGGAGCCAUACGGGCAGCAGCAAUUGCCAGAACAAAAGUAGAAAUAGCCACUUCAAGGUAAUCAGUUUCUCAAUGUGCAUUGUUGCGUCUGAAAUGACACCCUAUUUCCUAUGCAGUGGACAACUUUUGACCAGAGCGUUAUGGGCCCUGGUCAAAAGUAGUGCACUAUAUUCGGAAUAGGGUGCCAUUUCGGACGCAGCUCAUGUUGUGGUGGUGUUGGUGGUGAUGGAUCCUACUGCUGCAUGGGCUUCCAGGUCAGGUCUGCUGAUUGGGUUAGGUUGAAUGGCUGACAGGUUGGGAUUCUCAACUAGGGGUCAGGUUUUUAUUGGUGUCACCUUAUCCUACCUCUCUCCAACAUUCUCCAACUUUCUCCAACGCUCUCUCUUGCUCUCACUGACUCUCUCUUUCUCACUCUCUGCCUCUCUCUCUGGCCCUUUAACUCACUCUCUGCCUCUCUCUCUGGCCCUUUAACUCACUCUCUGCCUCUCUCUCUGGCCCUUUAACUCACUCUCUGCCUCUCUCUCUGGCCCUUUAACUCACUCUCACUACCUCUCGUUCUCCAUCUUUCACUUUCUUUGUCUCUCUCUCUCACACACACACACACACACACACACACACACACACACACACACACACACACACACACACACACACACACAUACACACACACACACACACACACACACACACACACACACACACACACACAGACACACACACACAGAGAUUAAAACAUGUUUUGCACAUACAUGUGGCAUACGUAACACGUUACAUACUUAAAGUUCAGAUGAUGAACUUCAGUACAUAGUAAAUUCAGACAGUGGCCCAAUGACACACUGGAACAAUUUGAUACACGCUGUAGUGAUCCAAAUAGUGAGGAUCAAAUCAAGACAAAUCAUGGUACAACCAUAUUGUUCACAUCAUUGUGAGGGUGUGACCGUGUGACACAUGCAAUUGUGAAUAUUGGCAGGUGAGAGGCUGUCAACAAUUGCAAGAGUUCAAUAAUACAUUAGGUUAGUAAUGAGUGUUUAUAGUUGAUUGAGACACAUGCUCUUGUUUAAACAUAUUCAAGACAUACAUCUCAGAGAUAGCUCAGUCUUAUAAAAGAUCUGUAAGACCAGAAUACUAGGUGUGUAUUAUAAGCAUGGAAAUCUGGCAUCCAUGCUGUGUUUAUGCUCGUCUGAAAUACAUUUGAUUGCGAUCAGGUGGAACACCAAAACCAUACAUAGCUGCUUGUUGGAGGAAGUUGACCUGUUUGCUGGAAAACUACAUAGAAAAUAUUUGUAUCCUCGUCUUAGGCCUACAUUCUGUGCCUACUGCUUUUUCAAAAGCAUGGGAUGACAAUGAGUAAUUUGCCAGAGCAUGGAAUAGCAAGGAGAAAGCUGUUGAACUUUUGAAGUGGUAGUUCUCUAAGACACCCACAUCAACUUGAGCCAGCCAAGUAAUAUCUCUGGUUCAUUUUAGAACAUGUGAGAUAGCUAAUAUGAAGUACAAAGUCAUGGUCAAUGAAGUCCUUAUGACAUGGGUUGGACUUGGAAUUAUUCCAAAUUAAAUUAAAUCAGAAAUAAAGACUCAGAGAGAAGAAAUUGCAACCAUAUUGUUAAUAGCCUAUCUUGCCUAUCACUUCUUUCAAUGCUACAUUAAACAAUAAUAAUAAUAUUGAUUAAACUGCACUAUUGUCCUUUGAAUGCAAUGCACAGAUAUACUACCAUGUUAAACACCCACUCCCUAUCUGUUUACAGUAUCAAAAUAGUCACUUUAUUGACGUAUCAUGCCCACCAAUCCCCCCUUUCUUUCUAAUCUUCUUGGAUGAGAACCACUCAUUAGCAUGUUCUUUAUCCUGAUUUUCUGGCAUCUGUAUACAUUUUAAUGAGGGCUCUCAUAUCUAGGCUCACCACCACAACAACUCCUCCUGUCAUGAAAUAGAAAUAUGUCCCUGCAGCGGCAGUAUGUCUGAAAUGAAGGUCUCUGCCUUUGAAGACUGUUAUGUGGCUGAGUUGAUCAGUGUGGUAAGAGCUUUGGAACGUGCGGACCUGGUUCAGCUUGCGUCACUUUUCUACAUCAUCUGGGUGGAAGCCCAGGGGAGAGAAUGAGGGAGGGAGAGGGAGAGAGAGAAAGAGGGAAAGAGACCAGAGAGAGAGAGAGAGAGAGAGAGAGAGAGAGAGAGAGAGAGAGAGAGAGAGAGAGAGAGAGAGAGAGAGAGAGAGAGAGAGAGAGAGAGAGAGAGAGAGAGAAGGAGAGACGAAGGAGGGCAAGCAGUUCCUGGACCAGACCGGACGGUGUGUGCUAGCUGUGCCCUCCUCACAUGUGAGGCCAGCAGCAUCUAGUGUGUCAGUCAGCACUGAGCUCUGACUAAAUAAGGCAAGGCAGGACUUGGCUUAUCAACAGCUGACAGGAAUACAGCCUAGCAGCAGCAGCUGAGCUGAUACAGUAGCCCGUCUCUGUCCCACCAUCCAAUAUCAUCUGGUGGACUACUCAGUCAGUCUAUCUGGCUGGGAAUAGGUGUUGGGUAGGUAUAUUACUCAUCUUCACGCCCAGCUCUCAUAGACUUGCUAACAAGCUCCCAGUAAAGCUUCUUAAACUUGGUUCAGGUCGCCUUUUUUCAAUGUGCCCUUGCUCCCUCUCUUUUCUCCCCGAGCCAUGUGAUGUAGUAUAGCCUAUCGCCCCAGGUUUGAAAGCUUUAAGGAAGCCUACAUGAAAUCGUAUGAUGAUGAUGAUGAUGAUAUAAGGACAACUUGUUGUACUCCUCAUUGUACAGUAGCUAUGUAAGCCCAUGGGCGGCUUAGUGCAUGAUGACUCAAUCAAUUCUUGGUAAGAUUCUCUCUAUAACAGGUUAAUGGCAUGAUUCAUUCAACAGCACAACUGCGCUAUAUGCAUAUGGAGUUCACAUGAUUCACAGUGAUUCACUGACUGCAAAACUGUCAUGUGUCUACAUGAGGCAAAGCUAAUUGCACAUAAUAAAGACUUUCCUCAAUGCACAAUGUAAGGUUCUGUAGUCAUGUGCCCCCUAAAUUUGUUGAAAUGCACCUGCAUAGUCAGUAGUUGAAAAAAAGAGUCCACAAUUAAGGUUGAAAAAGCAUACGUUGUAUUCAAUUACAGAUAAGGACCACAUGUUUUACCCUUGUCAACUUAAUCGGUUUCAAACACGCAUUUUUAUCCACCUUCAUUUGAAAAGUGAAGACCUUCUCAAAGUUGUUGAAAGGAUACAUUCAGUUCAAGAGACACCGUGUGAAUCCUCCUGCACUCCUCUUUAGUCAGAGGCCCUGAAGGACACUCAUACAGACCUGUUUAUAAAGAAACACUAUUGAAUUAAUCUUGUAUUAUUGAACCAUUGAAAUACUGUACAUCAUGAUAAGUAUAAAGAAGUAUAUCAUGCUAUUCCUUAUGUCAAUGCAUGUAAAUGGUUUGUUUUGAAAACGAUUUUACUUGAGAGAAAGGAAGUAAAUGCAACACAAAUAUCUAACUUGAAAAAAAGUUUAAUCAGAAAUGACAAAAAUAAUGGUUGUGAUGAAUGACACAAUGCGUUCUAUUGAAUAUCACACAGUGGAUAUGGCAUGUCAAACCAUUUAAUGUUUGCAACGCUGCUAACAGCGUGAGACUGCAUGAUAACCAUACUCUUUUAUUAUUUAAUUCUCUACUUCUAAUAUGAUUUCAUGUUGGAAAAAGCUUUUGCUCCAACAGUAUUUACUGGGAACAUGUAGCACCAGCUCUCCAGUCUCAACCCUAUAAGACACUAAAGACAGUGUCUAUCUGGAAGGCCCAGAGGCAUUUAGUGCUUCUUCACCCUCUUAGACCUGGCUUGAAGUAGUAUUUUAAUUAUCUUUUAUAAUUUAGCUGUGUCUGAUUGGGCUUGUCUGGAGAAAUGAAACCAAUGGAACAGUCCCAAAAGUGCAAACUCUGUCAAUGUUGCACUCUCAAACAACAUGCUCAAACAAAUUCUCAAAGUAUUUAAAAGAAAACAAAUAGUAUUUGAACCCCGGUAUGUACCCUUCCCAGUCUAACCAGCUCUAAUUCUGCUUUGCCUUCAUCCAGAACGGCUCACGCCAGAACUAAAGGUGACGCUGCUGACCAGGCCGGUCAGUCAGCCAGUCAGGACUCAGACAUCGCCAGGGCAGUGGCCAGGGAACUGUCUCCCAACUUCCAUCAGCCAGGUAACCCAACAUACCCAACUUGCCCAACCAGACCCCAGCAUCUAUUUAUCUCACAGCCCCUUGUUAUAAUCCCCUUUGUCCAAUGCCUUUCGUGUCUGGGUUGUGUGUUUUUCUUUAUUUUCUGUCUGGGGCAGAUGUACAGUUGAAGUCGGAAGUUUACAUACACCGUAGCCAAAUACAUUUAAACUCAGUUUUUCACAAUUCCUGACAUUUAAUCCUAGUAAAAAUUCCCUGUCUUAGGUCGGUUAGGAUCACCACUUUAUUUUAAGAAUGUGAAAUGUCAGAAUAAUAGUAGAGAGAAUGAUUUAUUUCAGCUUUUAUUUAUUUCAUCACAUUCCGAGUGGGUCAGAAGUUUACAUACACUCAAUUCGUUUUUGGUAGCAUUGCCUUUAAAUUGUUUAACUUGGGUCAAACGUUUCGGGUAGCCUUCCACAAGCUUCCCACAAUAAGUUGGGUGAAUUUUGGCCCAUUCCUCCUGACAGAGCUGGUGUAACUGAGUCAGGUUUGUAGGCCUCCUUGCUCGCACAUGCUUUUUUAGUUCUGCCCACAAAUGUUCUAUAGGAUUGAUGUCAGGGCUUUGUGAUGGCCACGCCAAUACCUUGACUUUGUUGUCCUUAAGCCAUUUCGCCACAAUUUUGGAAGUAUGCUUGGGGUCAUUGUCCAUUUGGAAGACCUAUUUGCGACCAAGCUUUAACUUCCUGACUGAUGUCUUGAGAUGUUGCUUCAAUAUAUCCACAUAAUUAUGAUGCCAUCUAUUUUGUGAAGUGAACCAGUCCCUCCUGCAGCAAAGCACCCCCACAGCAUGAUGCUGCCACCCCCGUGCUUCACGGUUGGGAUGGUGUUCUUCGGUUUGCAAGCCACCCCCUUUUUCCUCCAAACAUAACGAUGGUCAUUAUGGCCAAAUUUUUGUUUCAUCAGACCAGAGGACAUUUCUCCCAAAAGUAUGAUAUUUGUCCCCAUGUGCAGUUGCAAACCAUAGUCUGGCUUUUUUAUGGCGGUUUUGGAGCAGUGGCUUCUUCCUUGCUGAGCGGCCUUUCAGGUAAUGUCAAUAUAGGACUUGUUUUACUGUGGAUAUAGAUACUUUUUUUACCUGUUUCCUCCAGCAUCUUCACAAGGUCCUUUGCUGUUGUUCUGGGAUUGAUUUGCACUCAUCUCUAGGUGUCACGUACGUUGAGUACAGGAUUGGACCAAGGUGCAGCGUGGAAUGCAUACAUGUUUAUUUAUUAAUUAAACACCGACAAAACAACAAAAGCAACGUAACGUGAAGCUCACAAUGGCAACACACAAACAAGCCAAACAAGAAUCAAGAUCCCACAACAUAGGUAGGCAAAAUGUCUACCUAAGUAUGAUCCCCAAUCAGAGACAACAAUCGACAGCUGCCUCUGAUUGGGAACCACACCCGGCCAACAUAGAUCUAGAAAACAUAGAAUCUAUACAUAGAAAUUCACACCCUGACCAAACCAACCAAAGAAAACCGGGCUCUCAAGGCCAGGGCGUGACAGUGUCUGGACCCUGGUGUGGGAGGCCCCGACCCUGGAGAGGGGUUGACGUCUGGUUCUGGAGUGGAGCCGCUGACCGGAGCAGAACUGGACCCCGGGGGAGCGGACUGCUCUGGCUCUGGACUGGAGCAUCUUACCGGGGCUGGACUAGGCACCGGUAGAGCGGACUGCUCUGUCUCUGGACUGGAGCAGCUGACCGGAGCUGGACUGGGCACCGGUGGAGCGUACUGCUCUGGCACUGGAGUGGAGCAGCUGACCGGAGCUAGACUGGGCACCGGUGGAGCGGACUGCUCUGGCACUGGAGUGGAGCAGCUGACCGGAGCUGGACUGGGCACCGGUGGAGCGGACUGCUCUGGCACCAGCCGUACCGGGCUGGGGACACGCACCACUGGUCUGGUGCGAGGAACAGGCACGGGCCGCACCGGGCUGGGAACACGUACCCCUGGUCUGGUGCAAUGAGCAGGCACGGGCCGCAUCUGGGCUGGGAACACGUACCACUGGUCUGGUGCGAGGAGCAGGCACGGGCCGUGCCGGACUGGGAACACGCACCACUGGUCUGGUGCGAGGAGCAGGCACGGGCCGUGCCGGACUGGAGACACGCACCACUGGUCUGGUGCGAGGAGCAGGCACGGGCCGUGCCGGACUGGAGACACGCACCACUGGUUUGGUGCGGGGAGCAGGUACGGGGCGUACCGGGCUGGCGACUCGCACCACUGGUUUGGUGCGGGGAGCAGGUACAGGCCGUACCGGACUGGAUACACGCACCACUAGUUUGGUGCGGGGAGCAGGUACGGGGCGUACCGGGCUGGAGACACGCACCACUGGUUUGGUGCGGGGAGCAGAUACGGGGCGUACCGGGCUGGCAACCAAGGUGCAGCGUGAAAUGCAUACAUGUUUAUUUAUUAAUGAAACACCGACAAAACAACAAAAGCAACGUAACGUGAAGCUCACAAUGGCAACACACAAACAAGCCAAACAAGAGUCAAGAUCCCACAACAUAGGUAGGCAAAAUGUCUACCUAAGUAUGAUCCCCAAUCAGAGACAACGAUCGACAGCUGCCUCUGAUUGGGAACCACACCCGGCCAACAUAGAUCUAGAAAACAUAGAAUCUAUACAUAGAAAUUCACACCCUGACCAAACCAACCAAAGAAAACCAGGCUCUCAAGGCCAGGUCGUGACACUAGGAUACAGAACGUGUCUCCUUCCUGAGCGGUAUGGCGGCUGCGUGGUCCCAUGGUGUUUAUACUUGCAUACUAUUGUUUGUACAGAUGAACGUGGUACCUUCAGACAUUUGGAAAUAGCUCCCAAGGAUGAAUCAGACUUGUGGAGGCCUACAAUUCUGUUUCUGAGGUCUUGGCUGAUUUCUUUUGAUUUUCCCAUGAUGUCAAGCAAAGAGACACUGACUUUGAAGGUAGGCCUUGAAAUACAUCCACAGGUACACCUCCAAUUGACUUAAAUGAUGUCAAUUAGCCUAUCAGAAGCUUCUAAAUCCAUGACAUCAUUUUCUGGAAUUUUCCAAGCUGUUUAAAGGCACAGUCAACUUAGUGUAUGUAAACUUCUGACCCACUGGAAUUGUGAUACAGUGAAUUAUAAGUGAAAUAAUCGGUCUGUAAACAAUUGUUGGAAAAACUACUUGUGUCAUGCACAAAGUAUAUGUCCUAACCGACUUGCCAAAACUAUAGUUUGUUAAUAAGAAAUGUGUGGUGUUGUUGAAAAACAAGUUUUAAUGACUCCAACCUAAGUGUAUGUAAACUUCCGACUUCAACUGUAUAUGCAAAUAGACAAAAUGUAAAUGAAAAUCUGUUAAGAGAGGAAUAUAAUUAUCAUAAUUUACCUUGGGGUAAAAUAAAGCUCUGUAUUUGUAUGAUUUAUUUUAUACAGUCUUUAUCAUAUUUAUCAAGGGUGCCAAUAAUUUUGGAUCUGGCUGUAUGUCUACGUCGUACAGCAUAUUCUUGUACAAAUUAAUAUUAUUUUUUCAGCUUUUGUCAGCCUGCUUAGUUUUGUAAGAGGGUGGUUCUUCAGUGUGAUCAGAGAUUGUAUUGUUCAUGUUAUGGUCUCAUGCAUGUUUAACUCCUCUAUGCAUGUAGGUCUGUGGUCUUAUGUCAUCGUUGGGCAUUCCUCUUUUUACCACAUGGUCUUGCUCAGGUCUGGACCAUAUAGCCUCUUUAAACCUUUGACACUUGACCUGACACCAAGAUAGUGUAUAUCACCGACUAUUAAUAACCAUGUUCCAUAACCAGCCAACAUGUUCCAUAGCAAGCAAGCCAGCCUGCAAGCUCACAGUUUACUAUAGUAUACUACAGUACUUACUAUAGAAUUCUGUAGUAAACUGUAGUAUACUGUAGAAUACUAUACUACACACUGUAGUAUCAAUCGAUCAUGUGUAUUACUUAGUAUAGCAUUUUGUAGUAUACUGUAGAAGACUAUAGUAAAUACUACAGUAAUAUCAGCAAAAACAAUACAGUCCGCAAAAACACUAUUUUUUUUAGUUUUCAUUUUCAUUUGCAUGUACCCUGCCCAUUCCCCUCCCCAUAUCCCAAUCUGUGCCACCUGUAAGUGAGAAACUUACAUGCCAAGUAUAGCCCACAUAUUGUGUUCCCUAUGAUUAUAGAAAAGUCUAACGUUCAGACUCUAGUGCCACCUACCUACCUACCUACAUGUUAGGGAAUAUGUGCUCCUUUAGUAUUUCUCCAGUAGGUUUCCUCAAGGAGAAAGCCCCCCACUUCUAUGUCAAAGAUAAUCAAACAAAAACACUUUAGUAAAUACAGGAAUGUCCCCCAAAACAGUACAGUAAAUACUACAGUAUACUACAGUCCGCAAAAACACUACAGUAAAUACUGCUUAAUACUACAGUCCACAAAAACACAACAGUAAAAACUACAGUAUAUUACGGUCCGCAAAAACACUACAGAAAUGACUAUAUAGUAUAUACUACUCAUUGUUUUAUUUUUAUUUUUAUUUUUAUUUAUUUUUUGGGGGGGGGGGUAGAUCAGCUUUAAUAUUGCAGAUAGAUUGUAACUUCCAUCAAUGUAAUUGUCUGCAUCACUUCCAAUCCCCCAUAUGUUUUUUCUUUCUCGCAAAUAUAUGCAGUUGAAGUCGGAAGUUUACAUACACUUAGGUUGGAACUCGUUUUUCAACCACUCCACAAAUUUCUUGUUAACAAACUAUAGUUUUGGCAAGUCGGUUAGGACAUCUACUUUGUGCAUGACACAAGUCAUUUUUCCAACAAUUGUUUACAGACACAUUAUUUCACUUAUAAUUCACUGUAUCACAAUUCCAGUGGGUCAGAAGUUUACAUACACUGAGUUGACUGUGCCUUUAAACAGCUUGGAACAUUCCAGAAAAUGAUGUAAUGGCUUUAGAAGCUUCUGAUAGGCUAAUUGACAUAAUUUGAGUCAAUUGGAGGUGUACCUGUGGAUGUAUUUCAAGGCCUACCUUCAAACUCAGUGCCUCUUCGCUUGACAUCAUGGGAAAAUCAAAAUAAUUCAUUCAAGACCCCAGAAAAACAAUUGUAGACCUCCACAAGUCUGGUUCAUCCUUGGGAGCAAUUUCCAAUCGCCUGAAGGUACCACGUUCAUCUGCACAAACAACAGUACGCAAGUAUAAACACCAUGGGACCACGCAGCCGUCAUACCACUCAGGAAGGAGACGCGUUCUGUCUCCUAGAGAUUAACGUACUUUGGUGCCAAAAGUGCAAAUCAAUCCCAGAACAACAGCAAAGGACCUUGUGAAGAUGCUGGAGGAAACAGGUACAAAAUCCUCUAUAUCCACAGUAAAACGAGUCCUAUAACGACAUAACCUGAAAGGCUGCUCAGCAAGGAAGAAGCCACUGCUCCAAAAAAUAAAAAAGACAGACUACGGUUUGCAACUGCACAUGGGGACAAAGAUCAUACUUUUUGGAGAAAUGUCCUCUGGUCUGAUGAAACAAAAAUAGAACUGUUUGGCCAUAUUGAGCAUUGUUAUGUUUCGAGGAAAAAGGGGCUAUCUUGCAAGCCGAAGAACACCAUCCCAACCGUGAAGCACAGGGGUGGCGGCAUCAUGCUGUGGGGAUGCUUUGCUGCAGGAGGGACUGGUGCACUUCACAAAAUAGAUGGCAUCAUGAGGAAGGAAAAUGAUGUGGAUAUAUUGAAGCAACAUCUCAAGACAUCAGUCAGGAAGUUAAAGCUUGGUCGCAAAUAGGUCUUCCAAAUGGACAAUGACCCCAAGCAUACUUCCAAAGUUGGGGCAAAAUGGCUUAAGGACAACAAAGUCAAGGUAUUGGAGUGGCCAUUACAAAUCCCUGACAUCAAUCCUAUAGAAAAUUUGUGGGCAGAACUGAAAAAGCGUGUGCGAGCAAGGAGGCCUACAAACCUGACUCAGUUACACCAGCUCUGUCAGGAGGAAUGGGCCAAAAUUCACCCAACUUAUUGUGGGAAGCUUGUGGAAGGCUAACCGAAACGUUUGACCCAAGUUACACAAUUUAAAGGAAAUGCUACCAAAUACUAAUUGAGUUUAUGUAAACUUCUGACCCACUGGGAAUGUGAUGAAAUAAAUAAAAGCUGAAAUAAAUAAUUCUCUCUACUAUUAUUCUGACAUUUCACAUUCUUAAAAUAAAGUGGUGAUCCUAACUGACCUAAGACAGGGAAUUUUUUCUAGGAUUAAAUGUCAGGAAUUGUGAAAAACUGAGUUUAAAUGUAUUUGGCUAAGGUGUCACGCCCUGACCUUAGAGAUCCCUUUUAUUCUCUAUUUGGUUAGGUCAGGGUGUGAUUUGGGUGGGCAUUCUAGUUUUUAUAUUUCUUUGUUGGCCGGGUAUGGUUCCCAAUCAGAGGCAGCUGUCUAUCGUUGUCUCUGAUUGGGGAUCAUACUUAGGCAGCCUUUUUCCCACCUUAGUUUGUGGGAUCUUGGUUUUGUGUAGUGGUUUUGUAGCCUGCAGUACUUUACGUUUGUGUUAAAAUGUUCGCCUACCACGCUGCACCUUGGUCCGAGCCGUCUAUCAACGAGCGUGACAUAAGGUGUAUGUAAACUUCCGACUUCAACUGUAUCCAUAUACAUACAUACACAUACAUAUACAGUGAGGGAAAAAAGUAUUUGAUCCCCUGCUGAUUUUGUACGUUUGCCCACUGACAAAGACAUGAUCAGUCUAUAAUUUUAAUGGUAGGUUUAUUUGAACAGUGAGAGACAGAAUAACAACAAAACAAUCCAGAAAAACGCAUGUCAAAAAUGUUAUCAAUUGAUUUGCAUUUUAAUGAGGAAAAUAAGUAUUUGACCCCUCUGCAAAACAUGACUUAGUACUUGGUGGCAAAACCCUUGUUGGCAAUCACAGAGUUCAGACGUUUCUUGUAGUUGGCCACCAGGUUUGCACACAUCUCAGGAGGGAUUUUGUCCCACUCCUCUUUGCAGAUCUUCUCCAAGUCAUUAAGGUUUCGAGCCAGACGUUUAGCAACUCGAACCUUCAGCUCCCUCCACAGAUUUUCUAUGGGAUUAAGGUCUGGAGACUGGCUAGGCCACUCCAGGACCUUAAUGUGCUUCUUCUUGAGCCACUCCUUUGUUGCCUUGGUCGUGUGUUUUGGGUCAUUGUCAUGCUGGAAUACCCAUCCACGACCCAUUUUCAAUGCCCUGGCUCACCCAAGAUUUGACGGUACAUGGCCCCGUCCAUCGUCCCUUUGAUACGGUGAAGUUGUCCUGUCCCCUUAGCAGAAAAACACCCCCAAAGCAUAAUGUUUCCACCUCCAUGUUUGACGGUGGGGAUGGUGUUCUUGGGGUCAUAGGCAGCAUUCCCCCUCCUCCAAACACGGCGAGUUGAGUUGAUGCCAAAGAGCUCGAUUUUGGUCUCAUCUGACCACAACACUUUCACCCAGUUCUCCUCUGAAUCAUUCAGAUGUUCAUUGGCAAACUUCAGACGGCCCUGUAUAUGUGCUUUCUUGAGCAGGGGGACCUUGCGGGCGCUGCAGGAUUUCAGUCCUUCACGGUGUAGUGUGUUACCAAUUGUUUUCUUGGUGACUAUGGUCCCAGCUGCCUUGAGAUCAUUGACAAGAUCCUCCCAUGUAGUUCUGGGCUGAUUCCUCACCAUUCUCAUGAUCAUUGCAACUCCACGAGGUGAGAUCUUGCAUGGAGCCCCAGGCCGAGGGAGAUUGACCGUUAUUUUGUGUUUCUUCCAUUUGCGAAUAAUCGCACCAACUGUUGUCACCUUCUCACCAAGCUGCUUGGUGAUGGUCUUGUAGCCCCUUCCAGCUUUGUGUAGGUCUACAAUCUUGUCCCUGACAUCCUUGGAGAGCUCUUUGGUCUUGGCCAUGGUGGAGAGUUUGGAAUCUGAUUGAUUGAUUGCUUCUGUGGACAGGUGUCUUUUAUACAGGUAACAAACUGAUAUUAGGAGCACUCCCUUUAAGAGUGUGCUCCUAAUCUCAGCUCGUUACCUGUAUAAAAGACACCUGGGAGCCAGAUAUCUUUCUGAUUGAGAGGGAGUCAAAUACUUAUUUCCCUCAUUAAAAUGCAAAUCAAUUUAUAACAUUUUUGACAUGUGUUUUUCUGGAUUUUUUUGUUGUUAUUCUGUCUCUCACUGUUCAAAUAAACCUACCAUUAAAAUUAUAGACUGAUCAUUUCUUUCUCAGUGGGCAAACGUACAAAAUCAGCAGGGGAUCAAAUACUUUUUUCACUCACUGUAAAUGCAUAUAUAUAUAUACAUAUCCUUUAAAAAAAUAUAUUUCCCUUUAUUACUUUCCAACCCCACCACCCCUUCCCUAUUUGAAGUAAACUAGUGAACAACAAUGCUUAGGCCUCUACUUCCAGCUUAUACAUACUAUAUACAUUUUAUGGACACAGUUAAUUUUACAAUAAUUAUAUUUUGUUUGUUUUUACUCCUGAACUUCCUCUACCCUCAACCUCUCCGAUCAUUUUCAUGAUGUCCAUCCGGUUUGCUUCAAUAUGCCAUAUCUUUCUAACUGUGCUCUUUCACAAAAGCUCUCAACCUAUAACCUAUAUACUUAUUAUGGACACAGUAUGCUUACAUUAUUAGUUAUCUUGUUGUUAUUAGUUGUUGUUAGUUAUUAUUAGUCCCAUCCAUUCAACACCACCCAUCUAUCUCUUAAUACCAUCCAUAUUGGAUUUCUAUUUGCCAUAUAUUUUUCAACUGUACUGUGAUGCUUUACAAAAGUUCUGAACCCUUAUAUUCUCAUUGUUUCUACAAAUUGUAAAUUGAAAAUAAACAUUUUUGCUAAAAGUAUUAUUAUAUUAUUGAUCGAUUGACUAUGACUUUUCAGAUCACCCAGUAGUGCUAUCUGCAGGGUUAGCUCUAGGUAAAUAUUGCAAUCCUUUAGCCAUUCCUGGACCUGUGUCCAAAAACAAGCUACAAAUGGACAGUACCAAAACAAAUGAUCUAAUGAUUCUGUCUCUUCGCAGCAAAAUCUGCAGAGCUGGGAAGAUUGUAUCCCCCAUAUAAAUAACAUUCUAUUGGUAGCAAGAAUUUUGUAUAAUAAUUUAAAUUGAAAAACUCUACGUUUUGAAUCCGGCGUCAUUUUGCGUAUCAGUUCAUAAACACUAUGCCAUGGAAUCGGUACGUCAAAAAUCUCUUCCCAACUAUUUUGGAAUCUAUAUGGGACGGCUGUCAAUCCUUUGGUCUUUAAAUGAAACUGGUAUACUUUUUAUUUAUCACAAUUUUCUUUAACCAAUUAUGUUCUUUAAUGCAGGGCUGACAGUCAAGUUCCUUACUUUUUCCCCCUUCCACUUUCCUCUUCCAUUUUUGCGGUAAUGCUGCAAUUAUUUGGUUGUAAUUUUGGGUAGAGCAGACAUUUCCAUAUGUUUUUGUUAGCUGCAUGUGCGAGAACUCCACCAGUCCUACCUAUGAUAUCAUUUACGAAGAUUAUACUUUUUUAUCAAAUUGAGUUUAACCUCAAUAUUUGUUGCAUUAUUUGUUCUGUAGUUUCUGGAGGAUUAAAUUGAAAUUGCAACCAACUUUCUAUGGCUUGUUUUAGAAAUAGUGAUAUUUGGGAGAUUAUUUAUUUUUCAAAUAACUGAAAGUGAGAGGUUGUAAUCUGAAUAAAGGGAAAAAGGCCAUUCUUGAACAUUGGGUGAGACAAUGUUACUCAUUUGCUAGAGAACCAGUUCGGAUUUAAGUAUAACUUUUGUAUACUAUUUUUUUAACUACAGUAUUUAUACUAUAGUAAACUGUAAACACUACAGUGACUACUACAGUAAAGUCAGCAAAAACACUACAGUGAAUACUAUAGUAUUCCUACUAUAGUAUUUUUUCAUGUGUGCUGUUCUCUUUUAUUUAAGUAAUUUCUUAUUACUGUUUGUUUAUGCCCUGUAAAUGUCUUAUUAACAAUGAUUUAUCCUUGUGAUUUGAUUGACUUUUUAUGAACAACUGCUGAGGUUGUAGAGAUUUAGUAAGGGAUCAUAGCACUUUGAUGCUAUUAAUAGUAGAAUAAAUAUUAUGAACCAUGAUUCUAUUUGAUAACACUGCUUGCGUCAGAAAGGUAUCAACUUUGUUGGCUUGCGAGCUCCACUUGUGUCAGCUGUGUGACAGCGUUGGCCUCAUCAGUGGUCAGGAGAAUGUUGAGAAUCCUUCGAAGCUUUAAUCAUAAACCAACUAGGGCAGCUUUGAAACUCCAUUAAGGAACAAAUACUCCAUACGUGAAAUCAUGGACGCAGAAAAGGCAUCCUAACCAUGAGAUAACUGAAAGUGAAUAAAUGGGAAUUUAUGAUUUACCAAAAGCAACACAAAAUAAUAUUUAGGUGUAUGUUUAUAUCUGUAUCUGAAAUUGGGAUUCAGCCCUAAGUGCUUGUUGAGGGGGGAAAAAAACAAAUGUGUGUUGAUUGUGAUAUAAACACAUGCCAUUAAUUCAAAUAUUGUGAUAUAUUAGAUCACUGUUUACAUGGCCUAAGUAUAGCUAAAAAGACUGUAUGAUAAUAAUGUCCUUCCAUUUUCUAGGCCCUGAUUAUAUAAAGCAGAGGUUCAAUGAACCUAUUGAACCUAUUGUCCAAGAGGAGAAGAAAGAGAAGUCCCCUUCAAGUAGCCCUCAUUUCUACCGUAAAGGCACAACCCCAGACCACUCUCCCAUCGCGAGUCCACAGCCCUCUCCCCCACCAACACCCCCACCAGCGCCAGCCCCAGAGCCCAAGAAGAGCUUCUUCAGCAAGCUCGUCCCCAAGCCAGGGAAAGAGAACAAGACCCCUUCAGCAGAGAGCCAGGCCCCGGUCAUCACUAAGGCAGUGUCUAAGACAUCGUUGAAACAGGAAGUAAGACAAGAAGUGCAUCCUCAACCGAAAACUUUCAAGAUGGCGGAGUCUGUCCCCGCCAGCCCUGGCAAUGGACAGCUGCACACUGACACUGAGUACCACGGCUACUACGUGAAGCCAGAUGUGAAGAUCCCUCCAGACGAACCUGAGGGAGUAGAGGAGGAGCAU